AUGGAAGACAUUGGAUCUAAAGCCAGCAGGAAUAUGUCGGGCCGGGUUACCAAAGGUCAAAAAAAUCGGUUGCUCCAGCUAAUGCAACAGCAUCGCUGCGUUGGUAAGGGCCAGUUUACGACACCAAACGCCAGAAAAGAGCAUGCAGAAUGUUGGAUUGAUUGGAAAUCGUCUGUGAAAAAACUAAAUAAUUCCCACAGAGCGUUCGCCAGACGCACUGGCAAUCUACCGUUGCAGGAUGGUCCAAAACCCUUGGACGCUAUGGACACUGUAGUUUUGGAACNCUUGGACGCUAUGGACACUGAAGUUUUGGAAUUUUUUUCAAGAGACAUGGUGGAUGGGGAUGGACUCACUCCCGAAAUCGGUUUGGCAUCAACGGCUAAAAGUGUUGAUUUGCCGGAGGUAGACAUGGUUGACCUCGACGUGUUUGAUGAGGAGGAAGUAGUCGAGUUUCCACCGGGUCAGGGGUUUGAAGUUGUAUCCAAUAAGCCAAACAAAACGCGCAGCAGCCAAAGUUGCGUGGAAGAAGCUAGUGUUCUAAUUGAAGCCCAACACCAACAAUUGAAGAAUUUGUUGGAGAGGCAGCACAAGGAGCAUAUGGAUGCCUUAAAGGGCAUUCAUGAUACAUUAAAAGCUCUUUUAGAAGCUAUGACAGGUAAAAUUUAACGAUAACAGCUUUUUGUAAUAUUGUAUCGCAUUAAUAUUUCUUUAU